UAGGCAGAGCUACAGAAAUGAUGCACAGGCUGACUGGAGGAGUAAUGCACCUUCGGUUUGUAGGAUACAAACGGCUACAAACCCCAAAAUUGAAGGUUGUAAUACAGUGAUGCACGCAAUUUUUUCGGAGAAUUUUCUUUUAUAUAAGACAAUUUUAAACCUAGAGCUUAUUUGCUUAUGUGUUUAAUCUGCAGCGUUUCACAAGUCAACUAAAAAAAGCCUGACUAGCUGUUCAAAAGCCAUAGGAAUAACUGGCAGACUGCAGUAAAUUAUGCCUAUGAGAUCUUGCACAAUUGUACGCUAGUCUUGUACUUAAGUGGAGUUGUAAUAUACUGAUAUGUGGACGAUUUAAUGGAGAAUCUGAGGCUUUUCAGGCUGGAAACAAGAAAGCAAAUGUCAGCUUUCGCUCUGCAGAUUUUUCUGCUUUAAUAAUGCAGCUUUGUGUCUGCUCUGCGCUGAAUUAACUGCCAUCGAUUAUCAUUCGUAUUGGGACUGUUUCCAAAUCACUAAAAUCAUUGUAGUUUCUUGUGCUUUAAAAGUGAAAAGGAUUUGCCUUGAAGUAUCCACAAGGUUUCCCAUUAGUGUAUUUAGGGAAAUUGUAAUGAGAAACCAGUUUAGCAAUGAGACUUAGCUUGGUCUACCUGUUAAAGGCAUGCAUAUGCAACUGAGCAUAGCAAGAAGACUUGUUAGGCCUGUUUUUCUUUUAGGAAGUCACUGUUUUGACACGGACACCUGUCUUUUUUUUCACCAAGGUUCUGUUAUGAAUACCAAUUGACUCACCUACGAUAGUAUUGUGGAGGUUUUUCUGAAGAUUUUGCUGUGAUGACCUGAAAUGCCAUUUUCGUCUACUAAGCUAACUGAUUAGCUGUAUCAAAACCUAGCCUCCCUUGGCGUGUCUUAAUGGAGUUACUUGGCUGGCUUACAGCAUGGCUGGUAGGCCACAAGGGUUUUUGGUUGACCUACUUAAGAGUGCUUCUGUGCAUCUUCCCUUUAAGGGAGACUUGAAGGAAUUAAAGCAGGGUGUACAGGACUCUGGUUCCCUGGACUACCAAGAUGGACUUUGAUUAAUCGCUUGUCUUUGAGACCAGGAAAGGAGGAAAGUCGGGUGUGCAGUUAAAACAGAAUUCAGUUUGUCUUGGGCUGACUUUUUUUUCAUCUUUGUAAAAUGAAAGUUAAGCUGGGAGCAGAAAGUAAAAAAAGUUUGAGGGUGUGAUUAUUUCACGCCCCCUUAAAAUAGUAGGCUCAGUCAUCCUUCCAAGAUUUCAAACUAAUGUAUAAUUCCUCUAGCAAACACUGGUCAGAACAUCUGGGAAUAGGAAAAUUGAAGGCUGUGGCAAGCCCUGUUUUGUGGCAGAAGGACUGCGUGAAGGGUCCGGAGGUGUGGUGUCAGAGCGUUCGGACGGCAUCGCAGUGCGGAGCGGUGAAACACUGCCAGCAGAAUGUCUGGAACAAGCCUACUGUGAACAGCAUCCCCUGUGACCUGUGUAAGGAACUUGUGACAGUGGCUGGCAAGGUUUUGAAGGAUAAUGGCACUGAGGAUGAGAUCCGCUCUUACUUGGAAAAGACAUGCGAGUUUCUUCCUGACCAAGGCCUGGUUUCUGAAUGCAAAGAAAUCGUGGAUUCCUACCUACCAGUUAUCAUGGAUAUGAUCAAAGAAGAGCUGGAUAAACCUGAAGUCGUGUGUAGUGCCCUCUCGCUGUGCCAGUCCCUUCAGAAGCACCUUGCAGCAAUGAAACUUCAGAAACAACUCCAGUCCAAUAAGAUACCAGAGCUGGAUUUCUCUGAACUGGCAUCCCCAUUCAUGGCUAAUGUGCCUCUUCUCCUUUACCCUCAGGACAAACCCAAGCAGAAGUCUAAGGGAAGUGGGGAUGUAUGCCAGGAUUGCAUUCAGCUGGUCACUGAUGUUCAGGAAGCUGUGAGGACAAACUCGUCUUUUGUAAAGUCUUUAGUUGCUCAUGCCAAGGAGGAGUGUGACCGUUUGGGACCUGGAAUGUCUGAUAUGUGCAAGAACUAUAUCUCUGAAUAUUCUGACUUGGCUAUCCAAAUGAUGAUGCACAUGCAACCAAAGGACAUUUGUGCCAUGGUUGGGUUCUGUCCUUCUGUGAAAUCUGUUCCCCUUCAGACUCUGGUGCCAGCUCAAGUGGUUCAUGAAGUGAAAAUGGAAACUGUGGAGAAAGCCUCAGUUCAAGAGAAGACUUUUUCCGUGUGUGAAAUAUGUGAGACCAUGGUGAAAGAAGUGACUGGCCUCUUGGAGAGCAACAAGACAGAGGAGGAGAUUGUACAUGAAAUGGAGAUUGUCUGCUACCUGUUCCCAGCAAGUGUCAAAGACCAGUGUAAGGACUUCAUAGAUGUCUACGGCCAGGCUUUGAUUGACAUGCUCUUGGAGGCAACGAAUCCUGAAGCUGUGUGCGUUAUGCUGAAAUGCUGUGCAGCCAACAAGCCUCCACAGCAGCCACAGCAGCCAGUUUUAGUGAAACCUGCAGGUGGCUUCUGUGAUAUCUGCAAGAUGGUGGUAGCUUAUGCAGACAAAGAACUUGAGAAGAAUGCCACGACAGCUGAAAUUGAGGCUUUACUGGAAAAAGUUUGUCACUUCCUGCCAGAGUCUGUCAGAGAUCAGUGUGUUCAGUUUGUGGAACAGUAUGAACCCGUGGUUGUGCAACUCUUGGCAGAGGUGAUGGAUCCCACUUUUGUUUGCACUAAACUUGGAGUUUGUGGAUCAGCUAAACAGCCUCUCCUGGGGGAUGAUGCUUGUGUCUGGGGUCCAGGUUACUGGUGUAAGAACAUGGAGACUGCUGCUCAGUGCAACGCUGUCGAUCACUGCAAACGUCAUGUGUGGAACUAGAAGACGACUUUCCAGUCCUGAAAGUUUGCCAUGGCUCUUAAAAAUGUGGGCUGAGGUUGGCGGAGAGCUGUAUCUCAAAUGUCCCUCCUCUCUGCCUCAUUAACAAUUUGACCUUCAGGUUCCUUUAUUGUAACUCUUCUGUAGCAGUGCUGCUGUUGAAGGAUCAGAUCUUCAUUGUUGACUUAACAAAGAUAUUUCUGACUGUACAGUUUAACUCAUUAUGCUCCUAAAAAUAGCCAGUGUGUUGUAGAUUUUUAAUUGGUAGGCUGAAUUGUUUUGUAGGUGCUGGGAAGAAUGGCAGAGAAGGUGAAAUGAGACAAGACUAUUAUCUCGUAAUUUAAAAAAAAAGAACAAGGUAGUGACUAAACUUUCAAAUGUCUUUCUGUAGUCAGCAUUGGGAAGAUUACAUGCUUUGCAUUUUUAACAUCUGGCUGGAAUAUUAAUUUUUCUGUGUAACUGUAGGGAGAACUCUUAAGGGAUAAUGUUGAAUCUGGGAAUCCCUUCGGCUGGAAUUUUCAAAGCUCUGCAGAUGCCGAGGAAGGGACUUGGUGUGCCCAGCUAACUUUCAGAGUAACUGGUACCUAAAAAGAUGCAUUUGCAUUUGAGUGACCACGCUUUUGCAUUUGAGUGACCGUAGUUAAUGGCUCCUGGUGUUAAGGAAACCCUCCCUCACCUUUGAUCAUGUCCUCUUUUUAUUUCCUUGGACUACUCGGUCUAAGCAUGGGUGUUCUACUGUCAAGCCCUGUACAGUGGUAUUUCAGUCCUUUGAAGCAUGCUGACGUACUUAAGGAAUGGCUCCUUUUUUUUUUUUCUUAUCCUAGUUGCUCAAUUCAGCUUAGUCUUGCAGCUUCCUACACGCAGCCAGCCGGGUGCCAAGGAGGUGGAGCGAGCUGGGUCGGUAGGAGACAGAUAGGAAGAAAGACAGCAGGGGCUGUGCACGUCACAGUGAGCUCGGCAUAGAGGGCAGAACGCAUGGAAAAAUGGUUUUUAUUGUAAACUGCCACUUUGUUCCCUUGCUCGGUUUUUCUCUCAUAGCAUAUGUCAGUCAUCCAAAACUCGAGAGGCGCUACGAGGCUCGCGGGCCGUUUCCAUUGCUGCUGCCUGUUCUCACUGACACUCGCCCUUCUGAGUAGUUGGAAGUGUGGAUUUUUUUUCCCCUCUGGAGUUCCCAUUUCUGUUGGGAAAUGCACCUGAGGAGCAAGCGGAGAUGGCAGACGGUCAGAGCACUGUAGCAGGUACUUGGCAGCUCCGCUGGCAUACCUGACAACCUGCCUUCCGUGCCUCUGCAGCGUCCCGAACUCCUGAAGGAAAGCCUUUCAAGGCAGGCUGCUACCCUGAAAUGGGUCAGGCCCUCGAGGCCUAAGGGGCCUGGAGAAUGAGAAUCAUGCUUACGUUGCUUGAGACAGACCUUGCAUCCCCUACCAGCGUUUAGUGCAUAGUUCUGAUCAAAUUAACCCCCAAAACUGAGGCACCGAAGUAGCUCUGAGGAGACCUUUGGGAAGGAGGAGCUGGGCAGAGGUGGAGCUUUGAAAAUUCCAGUCCUGUUCAGAAAGGUGCCAGCAACUGCUACUGUUCCUGUGGUGUCUUGGGUGAGGCGGGAGCUCCAGUUCUAGCAGCAAGCAAAGUAAUUUUCAUGCAGUUCAAUGGAAAACCCGCUUGACUGCAGCUUUUUUUUUUGUUACUUACAUGUACAUACUAAAUGCCUGGGCAGUGUUGAGAGAGAGCGAUACCGGUUUGUCUUUGCAUUUGUACAGAACGCUGAAGCACUCGUGGCUUUAAAAAAAAAAAACCAAACUCAAAA